AUGCAGGGCAGGCAUGCAAACAUGUUUGUGACCGCAGAUACAAACUGUAGUGAACUUCAUGGUGAUGGUUAUUGGCUCCGCGCGUCACUGAUGUUGAGAAGUCAAAGAUGUACCUUUCUCAGCUUGCAGUUGAGCUCCCUGCCUCGCAGCAGCCCCGGGCAGCAGCAGCUGUUCCGGCUGCCUCUGCUCUCCGCGCAACUGCACGCCAUGGCCGCAGAAGGGCAGUCUCAACACUCGGGCACCUCGAGCGCGCGGCGUCGGCAGGAGGCCGACCUCGCUGCAGCAGAGGAGCGCAGACGAGCGGCGGCAGCGACCGCUGCAGCAGCAGCGAGGGCGUCGAGGCUGGCCCAAGCGGAGCUGGCAGCAGCCAGAGCGGAGGUGGAGGCAGCAGCUGCUGCAGGUACAGCGCGUGCAGCGGCAGCGGAGGUUGAGGACCUGCGCAGCAGUCACAGCAGCUCCAUCGCUGCUGAUGACAGUGCUGACCCAGACCUAGAGCUGCUGGAGAGAGAUGCAGCACGCCGGCGAGCGGCGCAGUGGGCAGCUGUGCACGCCCACGAGCGUGGCCGCAGUCCAGACAGGCGUGGAGGCGCUGGCGGCGCUCCUGGAGGAGGCGCGCACGACAACGGCGGUGGACGGGUAGAGGAAGAGCACGGCCUUCGCAGGCCGCGUGGCUCUCUCUCCCCGGACCGGUACCGUGGUGGAGCCGGCGGCGCUCCUGGAGGAGGCGCACAUGGCAACGGCGGUGGACGGGUCGAGGGAGAGCACGGCCUUCGCAGGCCGCGUGGCUCUCUCUCCUCGGACCGGUACCAUGGCUACCAUGGGUACCAGGUUGUUGCCAGGGACGUUGGCCCUGGUGGAUGA